CACUGGAUUGACGAUUGUUGUACAUUCAAUGCGCAAUUUAGAAAUUUUAGAAAGUGAGCCUUUCACACUCAAAACAAGGUGAUCGUGGUCGGCUUUAGUGUACGUACUUGCGAUCGAAACAACAACUACAACAAAGAUUGCUGGAAUAAGAAUUUCAGUGAAUAGAUCGUGAACAGUGUCAGUCUGGGAAACAACAAUAUCUCAUAUAUGUACAAGAAGCAAAGUAAAUUUGAAAAGCCACAAACGUUAAUGGGGUGUGAAUGACUUGGCCUGUGAUCGACGAACUGUGGAUCUAUUGAGGUCAAUUGGCGUUGAAACACAACAAACACCUUAUGAUUGCAAUGUUUUCGAUAAGUAACAACUCCUACUGUUUUCUUCAAACCAGUGUAUAGUGUAAGGCUAUUUUACUGCAAGGAAGGACUCAACUUCCUAAAUUUAUCAUGGUGACUGGACAAAUAUCACAAUUACCCGCCGAACGAGACGUUUCUCAACUACUUCAAUUAAUUACAACUGACGCCGGUCGCAGCUUACGGGCGUCUUAGUAAAACAAGUGCUGCUGAAAAUGCUGACAUACUGCGUAUAACGUCUCGCCAAAGAUUUACUAGUUUGUUAGUUAACCCUGUUAAUCAGUACAUCAGUCAGCGGCCAUGGGAACUGACACGACGAUCGCCAUCGAUGUGCAGAAGGAUGAUGGCAGGCAGAGUACGUGUUUGAGUUUCCGAAACAUCACCUACCAAGUGAAGGGAAGUGAUGGAAAAAGCAAACAAUUGCUUCAGGACAUUUCCGGUAGCUUUCGAUCCGGGCGGUUAGCUGGAAUUCUCGGACCUUCUGGUGCGGGGAAAUCUUCGCUGUUAAAUAUUCUCAGUGCGUUUAAAACGAAAAAUAUCUCCGGUGAAGUGUUGGUCAACGGUAAGUUGAUCAAGCGACAGAAGUAUCGACGGGAGGUGACCUACACAUCUCAGGACGUCAGUAUGUUGGGAAACAUUACCGUGGUGGAAUGUUUAGACUUUGCGGCUGAACUUAAGUUACCGAAAUCCGUCUCCGGUAUGGUUAAGUCAAAAACCGUCAACGACAUAGUGAAACUUCUAGGGCUUCAAAAGUGUGCCAACAACCACGUGGAAACGAUCUCCGGCGGGGAGAAGAAGCGUCUCUCUAUCGGAUUGGAGUUGAUCUCCAAUCCGAAGAUAUUGUUCUUCGAUGAACCGACCAGCGGAUUGGACAUCAUUGCCGCCAUGCAGGUGAUCGCCCAUUUGAAGGAGCUGGCCCUCAGCGGUCGGUGCGUAGUCUGCGUGAUUCAUCAACCGAGCUCCAGUAUUCUGCAGAUGUUCGAUGAUCUGAUGAUACUUUCCGAGGGGCAAUGCAUUUACAGGGGACCACUGGAUGAGUUGGUGGCCACGUUCAAAGCCGGCGGCUUCGAGUGUCCGAAUUAUUACAAUCGAGCGGAUUUUGCUCUUGAAGUGGCUAGUUUGAAACAUGAGGGAAACCUGAUGAGUUUGAUUAAGAAGGCCAAAGAAAAUCCCCAAUCUGGCGCGAAGGGAGCUAGUGAAUCUAGUGAGGAAAGCGAUUCUUUGCUGGUGUCAACCAGUUCGGAUGAUACGGAGUCAGCGGAUGUCACGGAUCGGCAGUAUCCGGUUUCGCAGUGGAGGCAGUUUCUGACUCUAACGAAGCGGACGACUUUGUGUACGAUGCGGGACAUGCAGCUGAUGAAGAUGAGAAUUCUGGCCCAUCUGUUCGUCGGGUUGCUGAUCGGAGUGGUGUUCUGGGAUGUGGGAAACGAUGGAUCCAAGGUGCUGAGUAACGCGUCGUGUUUGUUCUUUUUCUUAAUUUUUGUGUUCUUCGCAAAUUCCAUGCCGCUGGUGAUGACUUUUCCACUGGAGACGGCCGUGUUCAUUAGGGAAAGGAUGAACAAUUGGUACUCGCUCACGGCCUACUUUUUCUCCAAACUGGUUGCUGAUUUUCCAUUUCUGAUUCUAGGACCGACACUGUUUCUUGCCAGUGCCUACUACAUGACCGCGCAGCCAAUGGAGCUGGAACGCAUGGUAAUGCUGUGGGGGAUUUGCAUCCUGACGGCAUGGAUUGCCCAGCUGUCUGGUUUGCUAGCUGGAAGUUCACUGCCCCUUGAGCUAAGUGUAUUCUGCGUGCCCUGCUCCGUCAUUCCAAUGCUGAUUUUCUGCGGGUUCUUCGUUCGUUUCCGGGAAAUGUUUGACUUUCUAAUUCCAUUCACCUAUAUCGGCUAUUUCCGGUACAGUUUCGAGGGUGCCAUGCAAGCGGUUUAUGGCUUCGAUCGUGCCAACAUUCCCUGCGAAAAGUUCUGCUAUUUUGGUAAGGUUUCUAAAUUUAUGGAAAGUUUCGACAUGGCGGAGAACAACUUCACCAUGGAUGUGACUGGGCUGCUGGUUUGGAUCUUUGUACUGCAUGUGGCUUUGUUUGCCAGUUUAGCGAUAAGACUGAAACGGAAUCAGUGAUGGGUGUUUCAUUUAUUUUAGCUUUUAAAUGUUAUUUCUUACUAUUUACUAUGGAGAAGCCGAAACAAAAGUUUUACAUUUUUAUAAGAA